AUGGUGAAGGCCGAAACCUCCAAGAAGUGUGGGGGUUUUCUGCGUAAGGCUGUAGAUGAUGGCCUUUUCUCCUGUAGUUGCUGUUGUUAUUUCCAGAGAGAAAAAAGGGAAGGGGCACAUCGACGUGUCCAGAAAAAUGAACGCGAUAAAGUUCCCAUUUUUAAUAUCUGGAUGUGUUUAGUUUCUCUCUCGAGAGAGAAAGGUUGUGAACUGAUAAGUAAUUUCAAUUUUAUUUUAAUCCUAAUUAUUCUAAUUUAAAUGUUGAGACAUGCCACUUUUCAAGCACACGCACACGCACGGCAAUGCAAGGGCUACAUAAAGAACGAAUGGCGGAAGGCUAUGAGAAAUU